AUGGCAUCUAGAGAUUUACCCCACUCAUUUAACGAACUUGCUGUUGGUUGGACUAAACAUCUUAAAAAUGAAAUUAUCAUUGGUAAAAAUUCAGAAGAAUUAAUUGAAGAAGAUUUUCAACCUGAUGAAGAUGCAGUAAUAGAAUCUAAAGUUCGAUUCCAAAAUUUAUGGCCAGCAAUCGCCAGUGGUGCUGGGUUGUUUUCAGAUGGGUAUGUCAAUAAUUCCAUCGGUAUCGUGUUGUCAUGUUUGAAGAUUAUCUACGGCGAAGAGUUUACACAAUCAAAUGCUAUCAACAAUAUUGGUUCCAUUGGUUUCGUGGGUACUGUUGUUGGUCAAUUAAGUUUUGGUUACAUAUCUGAUAGAAUUGACAGAAAAGGAGGUAUGAUGGCAGCUAAUGUCAUGUUGAUUUUCUUUACUUUAUUAUGUGCCAUCGGUUCAUGGGGUGUUACAGUACAAGGAUUUUUUGCAUGUUUAACUGUUUGGAGAUUCUUUUUGGGAGUUGCUAUUGGUGCAGAAUAUCCUACGUCUUCAGUUGUUGCAUCUGAAUUUGCUAAUCAAUUACCUGCUGGUCACAGAAACAGAUACUUUAUCUGGUUUACUGGGUUCAUGAUUGAUUUCGGGUUUGUCAUUUCUGCGUUUGUUCCAUUUGUUUUAUUGUGGAUCUUUACUGAAAGACAUUUGAGAGCUUUGUGGAGAGUUGCCAUUGGUAUUGGUGCAUUGCUUCCUACAGUUUUGUUUUUCAUUAGAUUGAAAAUGGGAAACUCCAAGUCAUUUGAAAAAUUACACAUGAAAAAGGUCAAAUACAGAGAUUAUCCAUGGUGGUUGAUUGUCAAAUUCUAUUGGUUCCGAUUGACAAUUGUAUCAUUAAUCUGGUUUAUUUACAACUUUUCUGUUUAUUCUUUUGGUACUUUUAACGCUAUAAUUUUGGGUCAAAUUAUCCCUGAUGCUCCAUUAUGGCAACAAUGGGGUUGGUCUGUUGUCUUUAACUUAUUCUACAUGCCUGGUGUCUUCCUUGGUGCUUUCUCUGCUGAUUUCUUAGGUCCAAGAUUAACUUUGGGUCUCGGUGUUGGCUUGCAAGGUAUUAUUGGUAUCAUUAUGUCUGCUUGUUUGAACAGUUUGAGAAAGCACGUGGCUGGCUUCACUGUUGUUUUUGGUAUUUUUGCAACUUUGGGUGAAUUUGGUCCAGGGGGUAACAUUGGUUUACUUGCGUCAAAAACAAGUGCUACUUCAAUCAGAGGUCAAUAUUAUGGUAUUGCUGCAGCCAUGGGUAAAAUCGGUGCAUUUGUUGGUACCUGGAUUUUCCCAGCUAUUCAAAGAAAAUAUGCUGAUCCAGCUAAUCCAGAUUUGGAAUUACAAGUUCCAUUCUAUGUCAGUUCUGCAUUAUGUUUAUUUAGUGCAUUGCUAACCUUCUUUUUCUGUCCACCAGUUGGCCAAGAUGCAAUUAACAGAGAGGAUCAAGAUUUUGUUAACUAUUUGGAACAAAAUGGGUUUGAUAUCACUCAAUUGGGUGAAGGUUCUGUUAGCGAAAUAGAAUCAGAUGCUAUUCAAGAAUCUGAUUCUGUUGAAAAGAUCAACGAAAAAGUUGAAACCAGUCAAAAAUUGGCCUAA